AUGAGAACCAUUGAGGAGACCAGAAAGAGAUGGGACAUUCUGUUCUCCGACGACGACACAGCUUCCGGCCUCCGAGCGGCGUUGCGAUCCGAACAGGGAGGAAACCUAUGCAAUGAUGGACUGAGAGGUGCGAUGACAUAUGCUCAUUCCUUCAAACAGGCGUUCUUGGUAUUCGACGAGUUGGAUAAAAAUGAAUGGGCACCUAAGCUUGACGAGUCUCGGGAUGCUUAUCGUGCGCUGCGUGACCAUUUCUUAAGAUUCAUUGAACAUCCCGAUGAUCUAGAAUCGACUGUUGAUCCGCUGGCGGAUGAUGAACAAUCCCCCUGGCAAACGCUCCGACACGAUGAGACUCUGCGCGCCGAGAUCCUACAAGAUGUUGAUCGAUGUCUGCAAGAGAAUUUCUUCUUCCAAGAGCCCGACACAAAAUCUAAGUUGACUGACAUCUUGUUUGUCUACUCGAAACUCAACCCGGACGUGGGCUAUAGACAAGGAAUGCACGAACUGCUCGCACCCAUUCUUUGGGUAGUAGAUCGAGACUCGGUGAAGCCUGAGCUUGACGCGAAUAAGGAAGCAGAUGAGGGAUUGAUGCGAAAUAUCCUUGAUGCUGAAUUUGUUGAACAUGAUUCAUUUACAUUGUUUCUCUCCGUCAUGCAAACGGCUCGCAUAUACUAUGAGCACAGUGAGAUGCGAUGUGCAAAUGGCCAGAUGGAUGUUAUUCCGAUAGUCGAUCGGUGCAAUUAUCUCCAUAAGGAAGCGCUCGCUAUUAUUGAUCAUGAGCUUGCCGAGCACCUGGAAGCUGUGGAUGUUUUACCACAAAUCUUUCUAACCCGUUGGAUGCGCCUCCUAUUCGGGCGAGAAGUUCCAUUUGACGAUGUCCUCAUGAUGUGGGAUCUACUGUUUGCCCAUGGAUUGAGGUCUAAUCUUAUUGACUUCACGUGCAUUGCAAUGCUUCUUAGAAUCCGUUGGCAGUUGCUCGCGGCGGACUAUACGACCGCGUUAACACUGUUACUCCGCUACCCUUCGCCACACCCACACACACCUCAGACCUUUGUGCACGAUGCGCUCUAUCUGGAACAGAAUCCUACCGCCGAUCGAGGCAAUUUCAUUAUUUCUAAAUACUCUGGCAGGCCACCCGAGGCAGCAAAUCGCAGCCAAUCCGGUAUACGGCCCGGGAGGAAGGCUUUCCUCUGGGAGGACUUCAAAAGGCGCAGUGGAAGCAGUUCUCCUGCUGGUGUAACAUCAAGAAACAGUCCUAAAAGUCUCGAGUCCCUCUUCCAGGACGUCUCCCAGGGGAUUCAACGUCGUACGGAAGCUUGGGGCGUAGCCAAGGCGGUUCGAGGCGCCGUCACUGAGGCGAGAAAGAACAUGCAAACCAUGCAUUACGAACCAAAUAUGCGACACGGCCUUUCUAGACCCGUCUCCGCUAUAUCGACCUCGGCCAUGGCGCGAUCCUCUGAUCCUGAGGAGGCAGGGCUAGAAAUGAAGAUCGCAAGAAGAAAUCAAACAUUAGCCACUACUCUGCGCGAGGCACUAGAUGAUCUCAGCUCGCAGUUGGCAAAUAUCAAGCAGCUCGAUCCUAAUACGAACAGCGCAGUGAAACAGGCCCUAGCCAAAGCUGAGAGGGUGCAGGUCUGCCUCAAAGAUCCUUCCCUCCCAGUAGAUGCCUCUUCUUCUGAUGAAGACCAGCUCCAGACGGUUGCCAUGAACAAAGUGGAGGACAACGUUGUGGACAAGGGAAAUCCCGUCCACACGAAUACGACCGGGCCGCCAGCCGAGAGUGGACAUCCCGUCUACAUAGCCAUGGCAAGUCGGACGAACACUGGCAGGAAGACUGAGAGUACACGCGCAAUACCGUCGCGAUCAACCAUGCGACCUUCAAUGACGGAUUCCGGAUUCUCAUGGAUGCUCGGUGGGGAUCGGAACCUGUCAGGCUUUGUUAGCUCGACAUCGCCACCGCCAGAGCAGACUCGGCAUCUAGAUCAAACUCGAGGGAAACCAAAUACCUUAUUCGGGUCCGGUGGAGAUGAUAACUCAGGGACCGAAGGCGAGGAUGAAUUGGCGCUGCACAGCCUUCGGGGCUCUCGGGAUCCUCUGUCAGGGGCCGGCCCAUGA